UCAAACCCUAACUCGCUUUGGUUUCUCCCCUGCCAGCUGGUUCAUAAAGCUGUACCGCCUCCUCAUCAGAAGUACCAGCAGCCCGCACCAUCUUCCACCACUUGUUCCUACAAUUCCUCCAUGAUGAACGGUCCAAUACCGGCGACUACUUCGUUGUCGUCAUCCUCGGUCAUAAACUUCCACAUAGAGCCACCCUCCUCGGCGACGAACCAAGGCUUCUACAGCAACUUUUCGAGCUUUGGCUGGCCGGCGAUGGAGGAGGAGAAGGUCGGGAUGAAGAGAGCGCAUCCCUUGUCGUCGACCAAGCAGGAGAGCAGCAACGAGAGUGUGGACGUCCCACAUCCUAACUUCAUGUACCACAACAAGCCGCAGCAGCCGCCGCCGCCGCCAUUCCCGUCGGUGGUUCACCACCACCACCACCACGAGUCUCCUUCCUCCUUCAACUUCGGCUCCGGCCCAGUUUUCAACUUCUCUUCCCCUACCCACUAUUUUAGAGAUGGGUGUUCGGGUUGGAACGUGACGUGGCAAGCCGAUCCUAGGAGAUCGAUGAGAGAGAGUGGAUCGGUGACGACGUUCCCGGGAGAUUUUCUAACUCUAGCUCCCCCCACAUCUCCUCCUCCUAGCUCAACAGCAGCAGCCGAAGCUGCCGCCGGUGGAGUCGUCGGCGGCGGUGGAGGAGGGUGUAACUCGAGUAAUUUUAGGCUCAACGAUCCACACUUUCAUCGUACAACCAAGAAGUUCGAACUCGAUUCAUCCUCACUCCACAGCCACUACCAUCACCACCACCAUCACCGAGGUGGAAUGGAAGAUCAAAUGGCGGGUGACUCAAGAGCAAGAUAUCAACAACAAAACCAACAGAUGAUGCAGCAGCUGGAACCGCAGCCGCAGCAGCAAGGGAUUUGCCACAACGGCUGCAGCUUCCCCCACAAAGUGAUUAAUGUAGAAGAUGAACGGCGAAGUUCCCUCAUCAAUUCUAACGGUGGUGGUGAUCAUCAUCAUCAUAAACUUGAAAACGUUGACCUCAACUUGAAGCUAUAAAACUAUUAACAUACAAAAUGAAAUAAAAGAAAAGGGGGAAAGUCAAUUUGUAACAUGCUUCAUAUACCUAUAAGAAUAAGCUUCAAUGAUUUCAUGUAUUUGAUUGCUUAUAUUCACUCAUC